AUGGAAGGCACACCGGACAUCAACACUGUCCUCACCAACUCGUUGAGUCCUGACGCGGCUCUGCGAAAUGCGGCCGAGCAGCAACUUACCCACGCCGCGGAGGCCAACUUUUCGCACUACCUCCUCACACUCGUUCAAGCCUUAUCGAAUGAGAGCACCGAGGGUCAUAUUCGAGCCGCGGCCGGUAUUGCCCUGAAGAACGCCUUUAGUGCGCGCGAGACUGCGAGGCAAACCGAACUACAAGCGAAAUGGCUUAACCAGACCGAUCAAGAGAGCAAGACGCGCAUCAAGCAGCUAGCUCUGGAGACGCUCGGAUCCACCAAUGCACAAGCCGGCCAGGCGACGGCCCAAGUCGUCGCCGCGAUUGCUGCGAUCGAGUUGCCGCGGAACCAGUGGCCCGAUCUCAUGCACUCGCUCGUGCGGAAUGUCAGCGAGGGUACCCAGCACCAGAAGCAGUCUUCCCUGACCACAAUCGGGUUCGUUUGUGAGAGUCAAGAUGCGGAGCUUAGAAACAGCCUGGUCGCCCAUUCCAACGCUAUCCUGACGGCCGUCGUUCAAGGUGCGCGCAAGGAAGAGUCCAACGGCGAGGUCCGCCUUGCCGCCAUCACUGCCCUCGGAGAUUCGCUCGAGUUCGUCGGCAACAACUUCAAGCACGAAGGCGAGCGCAACUACAUCAUGCAGGUCGUUUGCGAGGCCACCCAGGCCGAGGAUUCGCGGAUACAACAGGGCGCCUUUGGCUGCCUGAACCGCAUCAUGGCACUUUACUACGAGAACAUGAGGUUUUACAUGGAGAAGGCUCUUUUUGGUCUCACCAUUUUGGGCAUGAAGAGCGCCGAUGAAGAUGUGGCGAAGCUUGCUGUUGAGUUCUGGAGCACCGUGUGCGAGGAGGAAAUUGCCAUCGAAGAUGACAACGCUCAGGUCGAGAGCUCCGACCAGAUGCGGCCGUUCUACAACUUCAGCCGCGUGGCGACAAACGAAGUCGUGCCGGUUCUUCUCGGUCUUUUGACAAAACAGGACGAGGAUGCCGCAGACGAUGAAUACAACAUCUCACGUGCCGCCUAUCAAUGCCUGCAGCUGUACGCUCAGGCGGUCGGCGCGGCAGUUAUUCAGCCCGUCAUUCAGUUCGUCGAAGCCAACCUGCGCCACGAGGACUGGCACAACCGAGACGCCGCGGUCUCUGCGUUCGGCGCCAUUAUGGACGGCCCUGAGGAGAAGCUGUUGGAUCCUAUCGUGAAGUCGGGUAUUCAGCCUCUGAUUAGUAUGAUGGAGGACCCGUCCGUUCAUGUGCGGGACUCCACCGCCUAUGCUCUCGGCCGCAUCACCGAGGCCUGCUCCGACGCUCUUGACCCGGAGCAGCAUCUCGACCCCCUAAUCCGUUCGCUCUUUAACGGACUGAUGAACAAUCCUAAGAUGGCGGCGUCGUGCUGCUGGGCGCUGAUGAACGUUGCCGAGCGGUUUGCCGGUGAACUGGGUGCUGCACAGAACCCCCUCACCCCCCAUUUCAACCAGAGCGUUAGCAAUCUCUUGACCGUGACCGGCAGGAUGGACGGGGAGCCUUCUGUGAGGACCGCGGCGUAUGAGGUCCUGAACGUCUUCGUGCAAAGCGCCGCGAACGACAGCCUCAGCGCCAUUGCAUCCCUCUCCACCGUUGCCAUUCAGCGCCUCGAAGAGACCCUUCCUCUUCAGCAACAGGUUGUCAGCGUCGAGGACAGGAUUAUCUUGGAGGAUAUACAGACAAGUCUCUGCACCGUCCUGCAAGCCACUAUUCAGCGCCUGGACAAGGAAGUCGGCCCCCAGGGCGAUAGGAUCAUGCAGAUCCUUCUACAGAUCCUCAGCACCGUUAAUGGUAAAUCGAGCGUCCCGGAAUCGGUGUUCGCUGCCAUCAGCAGUCUUGCAAACGCGAUGGAGGAGGACUUUGUCAAGUACAUGGAUGCCUUCUCUCCUUUCCUCUACAAUGCCCUGUCCAACCAGGAGGAGCCGAGUCUCUGCUCAAUGGCUAUUGGCCUUGUCAGUGACAUCACUCGCUCUAUGGGGGAGCGCAGCCAGCCGUACUGCGACAACUUCAUGAAUUAUCUUCUGAGCAAUCUCCGGAGCACUGCACUCGCCAAUCAAUUCAAGCCCGCUAUUCUCCAAUGUUUUGGUGAUAUUGCCGGUGCUAUCAGCGGGCACUUCGAGACAUACCUUACCGUUGUUGCCCAGGUAUUGCAGCAAGCUGCCACUAUCACCGCUGGCGCGGAUGGUUCUUAUGAGAUGUUCGACUACGUCGUUGCGCUGCGCGAAGGCAUUAUGGAUGCGUGGGGCGGUAUCAUUGGCGCAAUGAAGACCAGUGGCAAGACCGGCGUCCUCCAGCCAUUUGUGCCCUCCGUCUUCGAGCUGCUGAACAGCAUUGCCAACGAUGCUAACCGCAGCGAGGCAUUGAUGCGAUCUGCCAUGGGUGUUAUCGGCGAUCUCGCAGACGCGUAUCCUAACGGCCAGCUAGCUGACGCAUUCCGCCAAGAAUGGGUCACGGCGAUGAUCAAGGAGACGCGGGCGAACCGAGAGUUCCAGUCCCGCACCAUGGAGACCGCUCGUUGGGCCCGCGAACAGGUCAAGCGGCAAAUUGGUGGAACGCAGACCGUCAUGCAGCAGACGUGA